AGCCUGGGGGAGGGGGAGGAACCUUUAUCCAGCUACACAGGUAGAUGGUUAGUGUAGCCUCAGAUCAGAGCUGACUAUUGUGGGAGCUGGAAUUGUUGUUAAGUGAGGCUUUUUGUUGCCGGCUAGUUGCUCUAUUUUUAUUUGUUAGUUUGGCACAUAGGAGUCUGUGGCUUAUCUUGGCACUGGAGGUUCUCUGAAGGUUUUCUUGCCUCAGAAUGUGGUGAGUGUCAUGUAUACUGCUGAGAUGUUGCCAACUAGGAAAGUAGUGGGUUCUUCCUCUGGCUACAGUGGAACAGCGAUGGUGAGUACCACAGUCAUCAUGGACCGUGCUAGAAUAGGGGAGAGAAUUCAAGCCACCCUUGCUGGGUUGCAUGAGCUGAAAGCACUCCAGAAGAAACAUGAACAAAUGGUUUUUGAAGCACUAAGUCUGCAUGUGGAGCCUGUAUCCCCACAAACUCUACUGAAUAAAACUGAAGACUCUUCAAUGAGGCAAGGACAUCUGGCAGCAACAUUAGCAGUGCUAAAAGAACAGCUGUCUCGACUAAGAAGACAGGAUUAUGGACUUAAAGGCCACUUGCAGCAGUUGGACCAGCAGCUCAGUGAUCUUCAGCUUGGUGUCAGCAGUGAAUCAGCAGAACACCUUGAGAGUGACAGCCGUCCUAGUUCAGGUUUCUAUGAACUGAGUGAUGGCGGGUCCUGUUCACUGUCCAACUCGUGUUCUUCUGUUUAUAGUGACUGCUUGUCAUCUUCUCACAAUAGCCUCCUGCCAUCCUCCCACCAGACGAGGUCAAGGAUCAGCAUGUUUGAUUAUAGACCACGGUCAGCAGAUGAAACCACAGUUCAUUUAACCUCUUCCCAACCAGGAGUACACAUCAGAGCUGGAUGCAGAAUAAGGACAAGCCCAGAGUUUCCUCUGAAUCAGUCCUCUCCCAAACAGAGGCCAGUUUCUACUGGUGAUUUGGAGAAGAUGAUGCCACCUGGCCUGGGAUUUUUGAAGACAUUUGACCCCAAGACUAUGUCACCACUGUGUGGUGUUCACAUAAAUCUGAGGUCAGUGGACUCCAAGUACCAGAAUGACCUUGUAUCAAAAAAUGGUGGUGAUGCAUUUCGUUACCCAAGUCCCCUACAUGCGGUUGCACUUCAAAGUCCACUCUUUACUUUGGUUGGUGAUUCUUCCAAUGUGGAGAACAAAAACUUAUCUCAGGAAAAUUUAACAAAUACUGUAGUUUGUAACCCAGGUCUGGCAGGACCCCAACUGGAAAUAAAACCCAGGUGUUACAUUGACAAACUGGUACUGCUUAAUAAAUGCAAACUCAGGAAACAGCCUAGUUUUGGCCGUAAAGAUGCAAGAAACAGCCGUCCAGCCUUGAGCUGCCAGGUAGACAUUCCCACUGCAUGUGCUGCCAUGCUGAAUAUUAAUGGUGCUGAAGAAUCCUCAAAGCAUGAUGACCUCAGUAAAAAUAAAGACAUAACAGUGCUUCAUGUCCCUCUGUCUGAAAAGACUAAAAACGGGCAGCAGGAACUGUCUUGUUGUUCUGCUGGGGUGACAUCUGCAGAAGUGAGUGAGGAUUCCAGACAGCUUCAUACUGCUCCAUUGUGUACACCAGACAUGAUUACAGACAUAGAUGCAAGAAAUGACUCACAAAAUGCCUCUGGUCAAUGUUUUCAGCCACAUCUUUCAGAAAAUAAACAGAAUACAGCUUUAGCAAAGCCUCUGUUUUUAAAAAAGGUCAUCAGAAAAACUUCUGUAAAUGAGACACUGAAGAGAACGCACAAGGUCCUGCCAGCAAGUGAGUUUGUUCAUGCCAAGUUUGUCUGUUCAGAGUCUCAUCAGAUGAAGGUUAAACAUGCUAGCACUAAAACAAAAGCCACAAAGAUUAAGAGAAGAAGCAGUGAAAGGCAAAGAUGCAUAAAGCAGACGUCCUCUGUGAAACCCAGAGACUGUUGUGGCAAUGGCAGAAUACCCAAUGAGAGGGGUCACAAGUGUCCUCCAAAACAUAAUUUUGUAAGACAGCCUAAUGCAGAUGAAAUUUCAAGCCGAACAUGUUCAGAAUCAACUCUUUGUUCUGCACAGUACAAGAAACCUCAUGUUAGGCCUCUACAUGACUUUAGCAAAACAUCAACCUGUGGCCUGCAUGCUUUUGAAGCAACAAAUAUUGACUUAGUAAGGAAAAAACAUCGCAAGUGGCUCUCUGCAGUUGAAAUAUCUGCCAAGGUCCAUCAUACAAACAUUACCGGUGACAAUGGGAUGGGUCUAGUACACUCAAAACAGCAGGUCAGGAAAGCUGGUGUGUUGCGUACUGUUAGCUUCCGGGCACAACAUGGCAUUUUUCAUCACAGCAUUCCCUCUUAUGCAGAAAGUGAUUCAGAGUACUCCGCUGAAUGUGCUUCACUCUUCCACUCAACGAUUGUGGAGACCAGUGAGGAUGAAAUAAGCAAUUGUACAACCAAUCGCUUUGGUGACAGUGAGUCGAGUGAAAGUGAGUCAGGUGCCACAAGUGACAGUAGCCUUUCUUUUAACUCUGAAGAAAAUGAUGGAAGUGAGAUAGUUUGGCCUGAGGGGGGUUCUCUAGGGCCUUCCUCUUCCAUUACAUCAUCCUCCAUGCAAGUACAUAGUAAAUCUAAAAUGUACCGUAUAAAAGCAUCAAAGGCUCUAAAGAAAAGGAUUAGGAGAUUCCAGCCUUCCUCUUUAAAGGUUAUGACCAUGGUUUAGAGUAUACACAGCUGUUUACUCUGGCUGGGACACCAUACUGUGCCAAUUGUUUGGUAGAACAAAAGAUAUUGCCUUUAAAGAAGAUUUACAGUUUGUGGUGAAACUGCAUUCCUUGAUGAGACAUAAAUGAUCUUUGUCUGUUGAAAGAAACUUUUUUUGCCUGAUCAAAAGUAAAGAUCUAUGUAAUAACCUUUUUUUCCUUUUGACAGUUUUAUGAAACUAAUUAUUGUGUUUGGAAUACUGACUAAAAUAUUUAACUUUCAUCAGCAAAGUACAAAUACACAAAAAGUGUCACUUAUCUUUUACCACUCAGUUGAAUUGAGAGGUGGAAACUGAACGCUUGUGAUUUUCUAGAUUACUGAAGGUGCUUUGUGCCUUUUUUAUUGAUACGUUGCUUAGCUGUUGACUUUAAAUAAGGAGCUCUGCUGUGUUGGCUUACAGUAGCAGGGGACUGUAUUUUGAUGGCUGUACUUGAUGUAAACAGUUUAUUUCUGCCUUGCUUAUAUUUAUGAGUGAAAACCAAAACGUGAAAAUAAACAAAUCAUUUUCCUCAU